AUGUCUCUAAAACACCAAGAUGACCUGUCGGAUGAUUCAUCCUCGGGUUUCGAGGAAGAGGUCCUCUCCAGUGACGAGGAGGUGAAGAAGAGCGCAGCCGCCGCAAUCGCUGACAAGGAUUCGGAGGAAGAAGAGCUCGAGCGGCUCGUACUCGGCGGCAAGGCGAACUUCCGUGAGCAACUAUUCAAAGACGACUUUGGAUCGGCACUGCUACCGGCAACUGGACUGGACGCCGGCCAACUCACGCAGACGACUGGUCUCGAGGACAUCGACGAUUCGGCCCUCUUUUUCAUCGAUGCCCCGGCAGCGACCGCCGACAAGCAAUUAGUGGUGUCCAAGGGCCUUGCAAGUGAUGCUACCCCAGGACAAGAUGCUCCGGCAUGGGAAGACAGCGACGAUGAGCGCCUAUCCAUAUCUCUCGCCGGUGUCUCCCAGCUACGCAAGCUGAGAAUCUCCGAGGCAGAGGAUGUUGUGAACGGGACGGAGUACGCGCGACGAUUGCGCCAACAAUAUCUGCGGCUAUAUCCACACCCUGCAUGGGCCCAGGAAGCAGAAGGCCGUCUCACAAAGAGGCGGCGGCGUUCAUCGGCUUCUUCCUUUUCCUCGUCCGCGUCCGAGGGGAGCGACGCCGAAGAAGGCGAUGCCUCACCACUACCCCUGGACAAGUUCCUCCGAGACGCCAACUCAUUAACCGUGCAAGACGGCCGCAAGAAGAGGAAAUUACGGCCCGAGACCAUUGAUAUCCAGAGGACGCGAGAUAUCCCGGAUGCCCACCGCCAAGCUGUGGCUUCUUUGUCAUUCCAUCCCCACUAUCCCAUCCUCCUAUCGUCCAGCCUAUCUUCGAUCCUUCACCUCCACCACAUUGCCCCGACUGCAUAUCCCACGCCAAACCCAUCUCUUACAUCGGUCCAGCUCAAGGGCACUCCGAUCAGGAGGUCCGAGUUCCUCAGUCCCAAUGGCGAUGAGAUCAUCUUUGCUGGACGGCGAAAAUUCUUCCACAGCUGGAAUCUCUCCUCGGGGGUGGUCAAGAAGAUGACGCAUCUACAGGGCCACAGGCAGGAACAGAAGACUUCGGAGCGAUUCAGGACGAGCCCGUGCGGACGGUACAUGGCGCUCAUCGCGACGGACCGCAAGGGCGGCGGCAUGCUCAACAUCAUCAACGUCAAUACCAUGCAGUGGGCAGCGCAGGCUCGCAUAGAUGGCCGCGGCGGCAUUGGCGACUUCGCGUGGUGGAGCAACGGCGACGGCAUCACGAUCCUAGGGAUGGACGGGGGUGUUGCCGAGUGGAGCAUGCUGAUGAGAAGGACCGUCGGGACCUGGCGAGACUCGGGCUCCAUCCGCGGCACGGUCAUGGCUCUGGGGGGGAGCAACGGACCGUCCGAGCUGGGGGGCGACCGCUGGGUUGCACUGGGGUGCAACAGCGGCAUCCUGAAUAUCUACGACCGCAACAGCUUGGUGACCCGGUCGGCGGAGGGCAAGUUGGAAAUCAAAGCGUUGCCUGAGCCGACCAAGAGCCUCGACCAUCUGACGACCCCAAUCUCCGUGGUCACCUUCGCCCCGGACGGCCAGCUCCUGGCCUUUGCCAGCAACAAGAAGAAAGACGCGCUGCGCCUGGUACAUCUGCCCAGUUGUACCGUGUACCGGAACUGGCCCACCGAUCAGACGCCGCUUGGCCGUGUCACAGCUGUGGCUUUUGGGAACGGGAGCGAUCUAUUGACGGUGGGUAAUGACACGGGGAAAAUCAGGAUGUGGGAGAUAAGGAGCUAG